AAGUUCGCUUUGAAUUUGAAAACAACAAUUAUAAGUAUAACAUGAAAAAAAUUAAAAAGAUUUUUUAAUGUAGAACACAGUAGAACAGCUAUAUUUAAAUGUAAAUUAAAAUAUGUAUUAAGUUUUCGUUUUCCCAUAAAAUGUAUAUUUAAAGUUAUACUUAAUUUUUAUCCUUCAAUGAAAUUUCAAAGCUAUCAACAAAGUUAUUUUUUAUAACCUGCCAAGAAAAACAUUUAACGCCGAAAAGAGUAAAAUAAAAUGAAGUGAAAUGUGUGAUAAGAAGGAAUAUAGAUGUGUAAACUGUGGUGCGACCGCUGCUGCCUUGUUCAGGAAUUACGGGCCAUCAGUACUGAAAUUAACAAAAUGCGACAGCUGCAAAGGCAUAGUGGAUAAAUACAUAGAGUAUGAUCCUGUGAUAGUCAUGAUUGACCUAGUGCUGAUGUCGAGAGAGGCGCAGAGGCAUAUUAUCUACAACACUGAGUUUAAGGCAUAUUGGAAGCUGUUCAUAAUUUUAAUACUAUUAGAGACAUUUGUAGUGUGGAGGAACGACAGUUUGUUCAACAUAGCCAUCAACACAAUAUGCAAUAUCAGAAAUAACGCUACUAUAAAUUCUACUCAAAUUGUUUUCAGAAGUAUGCCAAUAAAUUUGAGCAUUCCUCAACAAUGGAGGGGAGAGUGCCAGGGCUGGGCGCAGACUGAGAAGGACACGGCUGACCUCUUCAUCUGGGAGAAGGACUUCUACAUUCAAUUCCUCUCUACUUUUGCUGGGAUUGUGGUGUACAUAUCUACGGUGCACAUCCUCAUGACUUCGUUUUGUACUAUAAAUAAAGCGCCUGUACAGAGGGUGUUGAAAUCGUUCAGCCUGGCCAACGUGAGCACGUUGUUCUGUGUGCCGAUGUUAGUGUGGGGUAACAACGACACCCCGCCCGACACCCGCCUCGCGCACUACCUGCUGGUGUUCGCAUAUAGUCUGGUGGUGUUCUACAACGUAUUACGAGGUAAGACUGCCAAUGCUGUGUGGGGUAACAACGACACCCCGCCCGACACCCAACUCGCGCACUACCUGCUGGUGUUCGCAUAUAGUCUGGUGGUGUUCUACAACGUAUUACGAGGUAAGACUGCCAAUGCUGUGUGGGGUAACAACGACACCCCACCCGACACCCGCCUCGCGCACUACCUGCUGGUGUUCGCAUAUAGUCUGGUGGUGUUCUACAACGUAUUACGAGGUAAGACUGCCAAUGCUGUGUGGGGUAACAACGACACCCCACCCGACACCCGCCUCGCGCACUACCUGCUGGUGUUCGCAUAUAGUCUGGUGGUGUUCUACAACGUAUUACGAGGUAAGACUGCCAAUGCUGUGUGGGGUAACAACGACACCCCACCCGACACCCGCCUCGCGCACUACCUGCUGGUGUUCGCAUAUAGUCUGGUGGUGUUCUACAACGUAUUACGAGGUAAGACUGCCAAUGCUGUGUGGGGUAACAGCGACACCCCGCCCGACACCCGCCUCGCGCACUACCUGCUGGUGUUCGCAUAUAGUCUGGUGGUGUUCUACAACGUAUUACGAGGUAAGACUGCCAAUGCUGUGUGGGGUAACAACGACACCCCGCCCGACACCCGCCUCGCGCACUACCUGCUGGUGUUCGCAUAUAGUCUGGUGGUGUUCUACAACGUAUUACGAGGUAAGACUGCCAAUGCUGUGUGGGGUAACAGCGGCAUCCACCCGACACCCGUCUCGCGCACUACCUGCUGGUGUUCGCAUAUAGUCUGGUGGUGUUCUACAACGUAUUACGAGGUAAGACUGCCAAUGCUGUGUGGGGUAACAACGACACCCCACCCGACACCCGCCUCGCGCACUACCUGCUGGUGUUCGCAUAUAGUCUGGUGGUGUUCUACAACGUAUUACGAGGUAAGACUGCCAAUGCUGUGUGGGGUAACAACGACACCCCACCCGACACCCGCCUCGCGCACUACCUGCUGGUGUUCGCAUAUAGUCUGGUGGUGUUCUACAACGUAUUACGAGGUAAGACUGCCAAUGCUGUGUGGGGUAACAACGACACCCCACCCGACACCCGCCUCGCGCACUACCUGCUGGUGUUCGCAUAUAGUCUGGUGGUGUUCUACAACGUAUUACGAGGUAAGACUGCCAAUGCUGUGUGGGGUAACAACGACACCCCACCCGACACCCGCCUCGCGCACUACCUGCUGGUGUUCGCAUAUAGUCUGGUGGUGUUCUACAACGUAUUACGAGGUAAGACUGCCAAUGCUGUGUGGGGUAACAACGACACCCCGCCCGACACCCGCCUCGCGCACUACCUGCUGGUGUUCGCAUAUAGUCUGGUGGUGUUCUACAACGUAUUACGAGUUCUGUACGAGGGUCCGCGGCCACUGACCGUGGUCGUGCUCAUCAUCAGCUACUGCGCCAAAUUCCUCACCACCUUCCACGUCACCCCACUCGUGAGGAGCACUAUGCAGUACUGAAUUAUUUUAACCUGGAGCCAUCAUCAUCCAAACCAAAGGAAACUGCUGAACAUUGAUUAUAGGGAAUUCUAACACGGACCCGCCUUUAUCCUUCUAAUGUCGACAUCUUAGUUGAGUUGACUGAAUAAAAAAUCAUAUAUCAUUUUUUGAGACGUGACAUAAAGAUAUUUUUUUAAAUAUGUUUUUGACGAUACGAGCCUGUCGGCCAUGACAUAUUUCAACUGUUUCAUGACGUAAAUGCAAUAAAUCCCAUACAAAUGGAGCGUUUGACAAAAAUAUUAACAAUUAGUUCGACGUCACAAAAUGGACGACAGUGUUUUUGAAGUUUGGAAAAUUUGAAAAAAUACGUAUUAAUUGAAAUCGAUAUAUUUCGGACCCUUAUUCCAUGUACCUACUACACGAAAUUAAUAUUGUUUAUAUUUUAUUUGAUACUAGAGGACGCCCGCGACUUCGAUGUAAACUUUCAACUAGGUACUCCUACCCAACUGUACCCCUACCCUACCCCUACUCUACACCUACCUUUUCCUAAAUUUUCUUUGCUAUAAACCUCACGGAGCCCGAGACCUUUCCAACGAAUGCAAAACCGUGGAAAUCGGUUCGUGCGUUCUGGAGUUACAGUGUCAGGAAAACCCGACUUAUUUUUAUAUAGUAGAUGAGUCAACUACCCUAUUUGUCUAUUUUCUCUUCAUGAGAUAUAUUGUUGAUUGCAUGUUAGGCAGGGUUAGCUCAGAAAGUCGCAAGCCAAUCGGGGCUAGUAUACCUAUAGUUUGAAGACCUGAUGGACGUUGGGGUCGCAAGGUGCUGGAAUGGCGACCCUGCUAGGUGGACAGAGGACAUCAAGUGGGUUGCAGGAAACCGCUGGAUACUGCCGGCUCAAGACUGUGGUGUUUAGAAGUCCAUGCAUGAGACCUAUGUCUAGCUGUGGACGUCCAUCGCCUGUUCAUGAUAAUGAUGAUGAUGAUGUUAGUUCUAAUGGUAUAUAUUUUUAAAAAAAGUUUACAUAAUAUAGUGGUCUAGAAACUUAAAACUAAAAAUUCUGAAAUAAAACGAUAUUUUGCAGUA